UCAAGAAGAGAAACACACACCUCCCCUAAAAUUCUUAUCUUAUAUUUUCUUGAGAUAAGGCAAAAAUCAUGGCAGAGGCGUCUAGUUUAGUGGGGAAGCUUGAGACAGAAGUUGAGAUCAAAGCUUCGGCUGGAAAGUUCCAUCACAUGUUCGUCGAGAGACCACACCAUGUCUCCAAAGCAACUCCAGGCAAAAUUCAGGGAUGUGAUCUACACGAAGGCGACUGGGGCAAAGUCGGCUCUAUCGUCAUCUGGAACUACGUUAUUGGCAAGAUCGAGGCAGUGGAGCCGGAGAAGAACUUGAUCACGUUCAAGGUUAUAGAAGGUGAUCUGAUGAAAGAGUACAAGAGCUUUGUGAUCACAAUCCAAGUGACCCCUAAGCAUGGAGGGUCAGGAAGUGUGGUCCACUGGCACUUCGAGUAUGAGAAAAUGAACGAGGAGGUAGAUCAUCCUGAGAAUCUCCUUCAGUUUGCAGUCGAAAUGAGCGUAGUUCUUCUCAAUGCCAUUACAACUGUGUAUGCUAAGGACAAGUCCUUGCCUCUUCUUGGCUAUGAGACAUGUGUCGUUGCUCUCUUUUCUAUGGGACCUGGUCUACUUGUCUUCCAAGAUUAUGACUCAUCUUCCUGGUCUGCUUUAUGGUCCACAUCCACUCAGACGUGUGAUGUAUCUGCCAGUGAGACUGCAAUGAUCUAUGGUUUGGAGCCUCUCUGGGGUGCAGGGUUUGCAUGGUUCAUCCUUGGUGAGAGGUGGGGAACGGCUGGUUGGAUCGUAGCUGCCCUUGUGCUAGUACUGUAACUUCAAGAAUUGACCCAUCUAGUUCUUUUUUCGUUUUCUAGAUGUUAUCCAAAUCUGAUAAGUGACAACACAAGUCCAAGAUGGUAUCUACUUGUCAUUUUCUCUGUCACUCUUAUGUGUUUGAUGAUUGAUCCUUGAAAGGUUUCUAAGUUUCUUUACCUCACAAUCUUGGUCUGAAUCCAGUGUAUUCAAGGUUAUGUAGCAGUUGUUGCAUUGAUAAGUAAAAUGAUCUGAUAGGC